CAGCCAUAGUAGUUGUGGUGGAAGCUCUUUGCUCCCAUCAGUCUCUAUUAUCUUGUCCUGGAGGACUGUCCCAGCUGAGCUCAGGCCUGUUUAAAGGAUUUAUCUACAGACUGCCACAGUUCUAAAUUCCAGCUGGUGUCUGUCUGACCUGCAGACAUUUUAAGAUGCCGUUGUCCCGUUCCCUGUCCAUGACGUCCCUGAGCGGGGUGCUGCCGGCCUGGGAGGAAGCCGAGCUGCCUGUGGAGGACCUGCUGCUCUUUGAGGUGGCCUGGGAGGUCACCAACAAAGUUGGAGGAAUCUACACAGUGAUCCAGACCAAAGCCAAGAUCACAGUGGAUGAAUGGGGGGAGAACUACUACAUGAUGGGGCCCUACUUCGAACACAACUUUAAGACCCAGGUGGAGGCCUGCGAGCCGCCAAACCCCGCCAUCAGGAAGGCCAUGGACGCUCUCAUCCACAACGGCUGCCAGGUUCAUUUUGGCCGCUGGCUGAUUGAGGGCAGCCCCUUUGUGAUCCUGUUUGACAUUGGCUCUGCAGCCUGGAACCUGGACCGCUGGAAGGGGGACCUGUGGGAAACCUGCAGGAUAGGCCUGCCCUACCACGACCGAGAGGCCAACGACUCGCUCAUCCUGGGAUCCCUGAUCGCCUGGUUCUUCAAAGAGUUGACAGACCAGCUGGGAGACAAGCUCAAUGUCAUCGGUCAUUUCCACGAGUGGCAGGCGGGUCCAGGGGUUAUUCUCUCUCGCUCCCGCAAGAUUCCCAUGGCAACGGUCUUCACUACACACGCCACUCUGCUGGGACGAUAUCUCUGUGCUGGGAAUGCCGACUUUUACAACAACCUGGACAAGUUCGACAUUGACAAAGAGGCGGGUGAGAGGCAGAUCUACCAUCGUUACUGCCUGGAGAGAGCAGCGGUCCACUGUGCUCAUGUCUUCACCACAGUUUCCCAGAUCACAGCUGUGGAAGCCAGCCACAUGCUGCACAGGAAGCCAGAUGUGGUGACACCAAACGGGCUGAAUGUGAAGAAGUUCUCGGCCAUGCAUGAGUUUCAAAACCUGCACUCCACCAGCAAGGCCCGCAUCCAGGAGUUUGUCAGAGGACACUUCUAUGGUCAUCUGGACUUUAACCUGGAGAAAACCCUUUUCUUCUUUAUCGCUGGACGCUAUGAAUUUUCCAACAAGGGAGCUGAUAUUUUCCUUGAAUCACUGUCCAGACUCAACUACCUACUGCGGGUUCACAGAAAUGAUAUGACAGUGGUAGUUUUCUUCAUCAUGCCAGCUAAAACCAAUAACUUCAAUGUGGAGUCACUGAAGGGACAGGCAGUACGCAAGCAGCUCUGGGAUACAGCUCACACUGUGAAGGAGAAGUUUGGUAAAAAACUGUAUGAUGCUCUGUUAAAAGGGCAGAUCCCUGACAUGAACUCCAUUCUGGAUCGAGACGACUUUACUAUUAUGAAGAGAGCCAUCUACGCUACUCAGAGACACAGCCUCCCUCCGGUGACCACUCACAACAUGCUGGACGACUCAACAGAUCCCAUCCUUUCCAACGUGAGACGCAUCGGCCUCUUCAACUCCAGGAACGAUCGUGUCAAGAUUAUCUUCCAUCCUGAGUUUCUGUCCUCCACCAGUCCUCUGCUGCCGAUGGACUAUGAGGACUUUGUCCGUGGCUGUAACCUUGGAGUAUUCCCCUCCUACUAUGAACCAUGGGGAUACACACCUGGUGAAUGUACUGUAAUGGGCAUUCCCAGUGUGACCACCAACCUGUCAGGUUUCGGCUGCUUCAUGGAGGAGCAUGUGUCAGACCCUGCAGCCUAUGGCGUUUACAUCGUGGACCGGCGGUUCCGUUCACCUGAAGAGUCCUGUAAGCAGCUGACCCAGUUCAUGUUCAGUUUCUGCCAGCAGUCUCUGCGUCAGCGCAUCAUCCAGCGGAACCGAACUGAGAGGCUGUCUGACCUGCUGGACUGGAAAUACCUGGGCCGGUUCUACAUACACGCCCGCCAUCUCGCACUUAACCGAGCUUUCCCAGACAAGUUCAAGAUCGACCCCAUGGCUCCUCUGAAGACAGAGGGUUUCCGUUACCCCCGGCCAUACUCGGUGCCCCCCUCUCCCUCUGCCUCCAUCCACUCCACUCCCCACCACAGUGAUGUGGAGGACGAUGAUGAUGAUGAGCCCUACGAUGAAGAUGAGGAGGCUGAGAGGGACCGACUUAACAUCAAGGCUCCCUUUGUGCUGGGCAUUGUGCCAGAGGGCAAGAAUAAGCAACCUGAGGAGUCGGGAAACUGAGAUUUACCAUGAGUAGCUGCAGAUUAUACACAGGUUUACAGUCAGUCACCCAGCAUUUCUGAUGAAUCUAUA